AUUUAUUAGCCUUCUAUUACAAAUCAACAACAAGUGUUCAAUUGACCAAACAAAUUAGAUAAAAACGAGUCAGCAACAAUAAAACUUAAACGAGCAAUAAAAGCACAAUUUAAUGCAACCAAACAAAAGUGGAAAAUUAAGAGAAAAAAAUUGUUUGUAUGUGAAUAUAAAAUGAGUUAAUAAAAUUUCAUAUUAACUGCACAAGAACAAUAUAAAUAUUUUAUAUAUUUAAAAGGAAUAAAUUAAAAAACAAUAUGUUGAGUUUCAUCAAAAACCGUGAAAAGAAACUACAAAUUUGCUGGAAUUUAAAUGUGAAAUUGCGUGAUGGCUAGACAUGCCAGGCAUAUCAAAUAUGAAAAACAAAAUUACAGUUUUUGUGUUCAGGCAAUAUGAAAAAAUAGGUUUUUAUUAACUAGCAGAGACUAGUGAAAAUUCAAAGCACACCCACUUAAUUUUGGGCCAGUUGAGUUAAAUACUACCACAUACUAUAACCCGAGUAAAUAAAAGUCUGAGUUAACCACUAUGAUUUGGCAAAAAAUAGGCAUUUGAUUAAAUUAAAAACCAGCCAACCAAAGAUAGAAAAAAACACAGCCUGCAAUAGUAAAUCGCAUAAAUAAGAAUAUAAAAGAACUAUAACAAAGGACUUCCUAAACCUCCUUCCUUGUUGGCAAUUAAAAAAGAAAAUAACUGAAAUACUUGCUCAAAUUGUAAACAAUAAAAAAGCAACAACAAUAGCAAUCCUUUAAACUGUCUUUAAACAAGCAAACAAUGACGUCAUAAUACUCAAUCAUAUAACACUAUUAGCAAAGAGAAAGAAAAUCAUACAAACGCAAAUACUCACUCAUUCAGUUAAAAACAAUUGGAAAAAAAGCCUCUCUGUACUGUAGAAAAAGUUUUGGCAACUAUUAGAAAAUAAAGCAAUAUGUGUGUUUAAAACAUGAAUACUCUACACACAAUUACUCAAAUAAAUGGGAGAAUUUUUAAUUUAACUUACACUCACACAUAGACACUCACAAGACUGAAAGAGUACUUACACUCAGUUUUGUUUAAAAGAAAUCCCAACAACUAACGUUUCCUACAAUUACUUCUCUACUCAAUAAAGAAGCAACAACAAUAUACAAAAAACUGCUAGUUUUUUCCUCUUUUUCGUAAACAACGUCAGCAUUAACAAAAUACUAUCAACAAUACAUACAUAACUCUCUUUUGCUCAUCCUUUAUAUCCGGUUUAAAGAAAUUUCUAAAUCCUACCCCCACAAACAUUGAUGUGUCAACAUUUUUACUCAUAACGUCAUUAUUACGUUAAGUUUAUACCAAUAAUAGAAAAUAAACAAAAGCCCCGAAAAAAAAACAACUACUGCCGCCCUCAGCUGCUGCUGUCAUAACACUAACAAGUUAAAAGGAGCAACGUAGAAAAAACUAAGGAAACAAGUAAACAAAUACAUACAAACGUUAAAAUUUGUUUAUUUGAGUUAGUUUAUUAACGUUUCACCAUAACUAUAUAAUUAAACAAAUCCAACAAUGUCAGAAAAUUUACCUUCAACUUCAACAGCUCGCAUCCACUACAGCGACGAAGUUCUGCUAAGCGAUGAAUAUCGUGCCGAAUAUCGACGACAAGAAUUCGCCAGCAAAGAAUCAAUCAAUAUAACACCAUCCGCCUCGCCACACGGUUCACCACAGUCUCGCCAAAGAUUAGGACAGCAUUUAAGUAAAUCGGCUUCCGAACUGAAUGGUCGUCAGGAAUCACCACAGGUCUCACCAAAACGAGCUAAAAGUGCUGCAGCUCCGCAUACGAGUGGUAGCUCUGGAUCGGGUGUAUUUCAAAAGACUCAUGGCUUCUUUAAUAAUCUCAAACAUCGUUGGGGUCGUGCUAAAAGUAAAGAUCGUGUAGGCCGUAAAUCCCCUAGUGAUUUUCUCGAAGAAAGUACUGACUAUGCAGCCGAUUACAGUUCGGAGAGUAGUUCAGUUACUCAAAGUCCCAGACAUCGUUCGAAAACUAUAGGUGGUUCACCAUUGGCUAAAGAAUUUAAGGCCACUGCUAAAAUGGCUCAAGUUAUACAAAGAUUUGGCGGCUCAAUGGAGGGGCGUAUAGAUGAGGAUCCUGAAAAUGGUGCCAUUGGCUCAGAUUGUCAAGUGACCUCCAUGCAAUUGGAACAAUUGCAGGCUGAUGAAAUGCGCCGCAAAAAGGAGGCACAAUUACGUCAAUACGUCUUUUUUCAAUUACGUGUUCAUCUCAAGAGUGGCAGUGAUUUAGUGGCCAUGGACAAAAAUGGUUUAAGUGAUCCUUAUGUUAAAUUUAAAAUGGGUGGCAGACUAUUGCACAAAUCACGUACAAUACAUCGAGAUUUAAAUCCUGUGUGGGAUGAAGUAUUUGUGGUGCCCAUAGAAGAUCCCUUUGAGCCAGUUGUAGUGAAGGUCUUUGAUUACGAUUGGGGUUUACAGGAUGAUUUCAUGGGUUCAGCAAAAAUAGAUUUAACACAAUUGGAAUUGGGCAAAGCAGAGGAUAUUAAUUUGCCAUUGAAUGAUAUCAAUCAUCCAGAACGACAAAUGGGCGAAAUAUUAAUUAACUUAACAUUAUGGCCACGUUCCCAAGAGGACAAGGAAAUGGUAAGUCAUUUCCAACGUAAUUCCAAAUUGGCUGAAUCAUCGAAACGUUUAAAGUCUCAAAUCUGGAGUUCAGUGGUUACAAUUUUAUUAGUUAAAUCCAAAGGUUUACCUUUGGGUGAAGAUGGCAAUAAACUCAAUGAUAUUCAUAUCAAAUUUAGACUGGGCAAUGAAAAAUACAAAAGUAAAUCCUCUUGGACCGAACGCUGGCUAGAGCAAUUCGAUUUACAUCUUUUCGAUGAAGAUCAAAAUUUAGAGAUUUCUCUAUGGAAUCGUAAUACUUUAUAUGGCAAGGCUACCAUUGAUCUCAGUGUUUUUCAGCGUGAAACUACACAUGGUAUUUGGAAACCCUUUGAAGACUGUCCCGGUGAAGUGUUUCUUAUGUUGACCAUAAGUGGCACUACCGCUUUAGAAACUAUAAGUGAUUUGAAAGCAUUCAAAGAAGAUCCUCGUGAACUGCAGGUGUUACAUAAUCGUUAUCGUUGGCAUCGUUGUUUUCAAAAUUUACGUGAUGUUGGUCAUUUAACGGUGAAAGUUUUCGGUGCUCAAGGUUUGGCUGCAGCGGAUAUUGGAGGCAAAUCUGAUCCAUUUUGUGUGCUAGAGUUAGGCAAUGCUAGACUGCAGACACAAACGGAAUAUAAGACUUUAACGCCUACAUGGAAUAAAAUAUUUACUUUCAACGUCAAAGACAUAACCCAGGUAUUAGAAAUAACUGUUUACGACGAAGAUCGGGACCAUAGAGUAGAAUUUUUGGGUAAACUUGUUAUACCCCUGUUGCGUAUUAAAAAUGGUGUCAAGCGGUGGUAUACAUUAAAAGACAAAAAUCUGUGCAGUCGGGCCAAAGGCAUGUCACCGCAGAUUUUAUUAGAAAUGAAUGUGGUGUGGAAUGAAAUACGGGCCAUCUGUAGAGUACUACAGCCGAAAGAGGAGAAAUUAAUACAACAGGAGGCAAAAUUUAAAAGACAACUAUUCCUUCGCAAUGUCAAUAGACUGAAAGAUAUAAUAAUGAAUAUUUUCGAUGCUGCUAGAUAUAUACAAUCUUGUUUUGAAUGGGAAAAUCCCUUAAGAUCGGCCAUAGCUUUUACUUUAUGGGUGCUAGCGUGUAUAUAUGGUAAUCUGGAAACAAUACCUUUAGUAUUGUUGCUAAUCAUACUCAAAAAAUGGCUAAUACGAAUGAUAACGGGACAGUCGGAUACUGGAGGUGGUAAUUAUGAUUAUGACUACGAUGAAGACGACGAAGAUGAUAAGGAAAAGGAAGAGAAAAAAUCGAUUAAAGAGCGUUUACAAGCCAUACAAGAAGUAUCACAGACUGUGCAAAAUACCAUAGGUUAUUUGGCCUCAUUAGGAGAGAGUACUAAGAAUACUUUUAAUUUUUCCGUCCCCGAAUUGACCUGGCUGGCAGUAGUUUUACUAGUUGGUGCCAUAGUAGUCUUACAUUUUAUACCCAUACGUUUCCUAUUAUUAUUUUGGGGCAUUAUGAAAUUUACCCGAAGAAUACUGAGACCAAAUACUAUACCCAAUAAUGAGUUGUUGGACUUUUUAUCGAGGAUACCAGAUGAUGAGGAAAUUAACCAAUAUCGUGAACUACCACCCACUACAGCUGCUGAGGCUGCUCGAAAUAAUCCCAAAAAGAAAUUCAAAGCAUCAUAGUCCAUAGCGAGUACGGAUGAGGCUGAUAUAAUUAUGGAUUUGUAUGGGGCUCGUGAGACAUCGACAUCGAGCAAAUCAAUGGCCGUUUUGCCGCAACAUGUUGUCAAUAUAUCGCAACGCUCGAUGCGUAAUGUUUCGAACAUGUUUAAGGCCGGCACUGAUAAUAUACGCAUGACGACCGCAUUUAAGAAAAUGAAACAAAAGUACGCAUAAAUCCAAUACAUGACAAAAUAGUAGUAAAUUUAGGAAUAAUUAAAAAUUUUUCUAUAUUUUUUUUCUUAAGUAUUUCGUAUGUUUUUUUUACAAACGUUUUGGUGUUAAAACAAAAUUGAUAAAGUCUUAGUAAUAGUUAUAAAAUAUAAUAAUUCUUUUUUUAACUUAAAAUACCGGCAAAAAAUUCUCCGUAAAAGCAUAAUAAUGUAAACUCAUUUGUCCAAUUCACAAUCGAUGUCGUAUCGUUGUAGCGUUGUAAGUUAUAAAAAAAUUUUCAAAUAACAUUUUGUCAAACAAAAACAAAUCAAAAAUUACGACAUACUACGAUACAACCGUAAAACACCGAUUCUGAAUUGGACAAUUAUACUUUCGAAUUAGAACUGAACACAUUAAAACAAACUCCAUUAGUUCUGAAAUUAAUGACAUAAUUUUCACCAUUAUCGAUUUUAGAAUUAGUUUUUUGAUUUUUAUUUCCCUUUUGAAAUUGUGAAAAAUUUUCAAAUAGGUCCACGUAGUGUAAAAGGCGAAUUUUUGAUAAAAUAGUUUAGUCGAAUUUUUGAUAAAAUAGAAAACAUAUCUCUAUAAUGAAAGUCUUAAAUCACAAGAGUUAUAGGAUAGCUAAGUCCACUCAGAUUGAAAAAUGGCUUAGAACUAACAUUAUAAUAAGACACAAGAGCAUCACGAAUGUUCUCUUUGUAAGCGUCAAUAUAAUGUCCUAUUUGUAAGCGAGAGCUCAGACAGUAACCACCUUAUUGUCUCUUAGUAAUCUAGAAAGUAGACACUUUAAAAAAAGGCAAAGUUCUUUAGCAUGCAUUGAUUAGCUUCUUCUCUAUUUUGAAUCUAUGUAGUAACGAAUCAUUUUCUCCUAGGAAAAGUACAAGUUAGAAUAACUAGUCAACUGGGUAGUCGUUUACUAGGGGUGACCCUUAGUAAAGGUUUAAUGUAUAAAUAGUUCAAGACUGUCCCCCCGCUCUGCUGGAAAUUUAUGAUCGAUCAUAUUUACUACUAAUAGGUUUUUUUUUCGCCACGAAUGUCCUCUUUGUAAAUGUCAUUAUAAUGACCUACUUGUUAGCGAGAUCGAAGACAGUCGCCUCCUUAUUGUCCCUAAGUAAUUCGGAAAGUAGACACUUUAAAAAGAAAAAGUUCUUUGGCAUUCAUUGACAUGCUUUUUUCUCUCUGUUUAAUCUGUAGAUUAGUGAAUAAUUUUCUCCUAAGAAAACUACAAGUUAGAAUAACUUGUCAACUGGGUAGUCGUUUACUAGGGGUUACUCUUAGUGAAGGUUUAAAAUAUAGUUC